CCAGGUAUCCAGAUCAAGGUUCGCUUGCCCGUCACCGAAAGACUCACACUGGCGAUCGACCCUUUCAGUGCUUGGAAUGCCACAAAAACUUUCCUACAUCCACGGCGCUACGUCGUCACUUGACACUGCACAAUUCUCAAUCGCGACCACUUCCUUGUAUUUACUGUGGUCGGCGGUUCAUGGAUAAGACCAGUUUAGCAAAACAUGAAGAAUCACAUAUGCCUAAUGAACAACGCAAGUACACAUGCGAUAUAUGCCAAAAGACUUUCCACCACAUAACUGACCUGAGUAUGCACAAGAAACAUCAUGACCCCGACAAAAAAUUCGAUUGUGAAGUGUGCGGUCGCGAGUUCAAUAGACUGAACAAUCUGCAGAGACACAUGCUGGUACAUCAACAACAACAGGGAGGAAAUGAGGAAAUACUUUCUUGCGAUGUGUGUGGAAUCACAUACAAAUUCAUGAGUUCAUUAACGAGGCACAUGGUAACCACACAUAUGAAUCCUGAAAAACUGCGACAGCAGGCGGAGGAGCAGCGAAGAAAACGCGAGAACAAUUACCGGAAAUAUCUAGAAAACCGAAAGAUGUAUGAAACUCAGAAUUAUGGUACAAAACGUAAAUAUAAUUUGCUUACCGGGGAAAACGACGAAACAGCUUGA